UUUCACUUCCGCCCGGAGGGGAAAAAAAGUCUCAAGGAUUCCGGAAGUUGGUAGCUUGUGUUAGUCUAAUAAUUAUAAGUGUACGGUACUGAGUAGUGCCUGCUCUUUCUAGAGACGUACCCACGCAGAAGGAGUUUCUUCUGCCUUCGCGUGUGUUUGGCCAGCCCUGGGACGUACCGGUGAAACCAGCAGGAUCCAAGGCAGCCAAUGGUGGGAGAAGCUCCAGGACACCAGGAUCACCAGGACGUCGUUGGCAUCCAUGGUGGCUUCUAGUAAUCACUGCAUUGGUUUCAAGGUUUCAUGUGGGAAGAACUUUGUGAAUAAAGCUGCCCUUCUAAGUCUAUUGUGGAUCAACAAGACCAUUUCCUUGCAAGUUGAUGAAUGCUGGUUGUAUGGAAAUUAGCUCUGAAGUCUUGGAGCAAGACACGGAGUCCUUGCCAGAUCAAACAAGUUCAGAAAUACAAAUGGAGGACUGGUCAAAAGAAACUUGUAAUAUGGAGCAGAACUCUGAGUGAAGGAAAGAUUUCUCUCUUCCCAAUUCUUUGAAUCUUCAAACCUCUUCAGCAAGAUCGCUACCAAGAAGAGAACAAGCCACCCAGACAAAAAGUGAACAACUAAAUUGUCCUGAUGAACCAACAUCCAGCUUAAGUGUUAUGCAAACUGCUUGUACCCAAACUUUACAUCCAAGUAACUUUACUGCACCUUGUACUCAUGAAAGUUUAAGUUCUGCUGAAAGGCAAGGAAGAGAAGUUAUGUCUGCUAACAUGAAUCCUUUUCAUGUCACUGCAGACCUAGAUAAAGAAAAGGAUAUUGCAUUCCUCUUAAAGGAAUUGGGCGUUCUAAGGGCAAACAAUAAAAAGCUUCAGGACAAGCUGUCUGAAAAAGACAAAGAACUGAAGACAGUAAAGUUGGACCUAGAGCUACGUGAGAGAGUGGCAGAAGCUAAGAUUGCAGAAAAGGCUGCAGCUCUAGUAGAAGAAAUUCAUUCUGCACAACGAGACCGUGAUGAAGCUAUCAUGACCAGACUGAAGCUUGCCAAUGAAGAGAGAGAUGAUGCAUGUAAACGAAUACAACUACUGGAACAAUCUUUUGACAUGCUAGAAAAUAUUAACCCUGAAGAAAAUGACAUGACAUUACAGGAAUUACUGAACAGAAUAAACAAUGCAGACACCGGGAUGGCGAUAUGGAGGAGUGGAGCUAUAAUUGUCGAUCGAAUAUACAGGACCCAGGAACGGAAAAAGAAAAUAACAGCUGAAGAAAUGAAUGCAGUGAUAGAGGAACGAGAUGCUGCAUUGGCUCAAUGCAAACGACUGGAGCAGGAGCUUCAUCAUAUGAAAGAGCAGAACCAGACUUCUGCAAACAACACGAGACAUCUGACUGCUGAAAACAAUCAAGAACGUGCUCUGAAGGAAAAAUUGAUGGCUAUGCAACAAGAAAGAGAAGCUAUCAUUAAGCAAUAUAAAAAACUGGAAGAAGAACUCCAGACCCUUCGUAUUUAUUACAGUUUACACCAAUCUUUAUCUCAAGAAGUGAAUCUUAAGGAUCAGUUUGACUCCACUCUUAUGACGUAUGAAAAAGCUCUGAAAAACAGAGAAGAUGUUGUGUCCAUGCUGCUACUUCAAAAUGAGGAGCUAGCGGCCCAUCUUCAGCAAAUGGCAGAAGAGAGAGCAAAUACGGAGUUGAAGUUUCAGCACUCUUUACAGGCUUCGCAAGACACCAGUGAGGAACUUCAAAAAUGCCAUUUUUUUCAAUAUGCAGCAAAGUACUGGGGACAUUUUAAGGAAUUCUGCAGGAUGCAACACAAUGGAUUCAAGUUUCCCCAGAGAAGAAAGUCUAAAAUUGAAGAAAGUAAGGUGGUGACGGUUAACUCAGCCAGAUGGUUAAGAAGAAUAUGGAAAGAGAAAAGAUGCCCAUUUUCUUCAAAGUUGACUGAUUUGGCCACUGUUUGCCUGACAGGUUCAAUUCACAAUGGACUUCACCACUAAAGCAUGUUGGACGAGCUAUGGAGAUCUAGAGCUUAUCCAACAAAUGUUAGCUGUGAAAAGUAUGAUGAUCCUUUCCAUUUGAUUGUCAACACCUGACAACAGCAAAAACCAGUGGGCUGAAGCCAGGCAUGCCUUUCUGUGAAUGAACAGGCGCCUUCCUGUUGUGGAAGGGACUCUGAUUCAGUGGAGGCUCAUGCUGGAAGAUGGAGGUGAAGAACCAAUUUUUGCUGAUCCCCUGCAGCCUCUGACAUAACCUCCCAAACCAUUCUAGAAGAUCUCCCCAAUCCUCUAGCAGAGCUUCAGGGGGAAAGAGGAGUUGGCACAAAUUGCGCACGCACACACACACACAUGCACACCAGUGGCAUCCCAUGAGUUGAAUUCUGCUUAUUGUUAGUCUGGAUCCAACCCGAAAUAUAUUAGGGGGGAAAGAAUUGACUUCACCCUACUUUAUGUCAUCAUCUAGGAGACUAAUUUUUUAGAAUACUGAAAAUCAUAUUAAAAUCUUGAAUACAAAAUGGCCUGUUAGCUGACCAUGUCCUGAAACAUUCAGAGGACCUGAACAUCAUGAUGUUCAUGAAUAUCCUCCAUGAAGUGCUGAAGAAAAUAAUCUUGGGGCAGAAAAAAACAUUCUUUGAAAUCAUGGUAAAGUGAUAGUUUUGUAUAACAUAACCACAAAGCACAAUCACCAGUGGCCCAAUAUUGAACAUGAAGGGCUAUCAGAAAACAGUCCUCUAUUUGAAGAACUGUUCAAUCCAAGUCCAAUUUAGGGAUUAAGUCCCUUAGGAAGGGAGAACAGGGGCCCUGAAUUUGCCCAUCAACAGUGAGCAACUGAACAGACAGGAUAAAGACCAGAUAUACAGGUCACAGUCUUCCCCACUAUGGUGAGCUGUAUUUCUAUUUAAAUUACAGUAUUUCUAAAUUUGCAUUCACGCAUAUAAAUUUGUAUAAGUGAAUUUUAUGCUAAUCCAUAUUCUCUUUUCUGGUGCAGUGACACAUUUCCUAUUUUUAUGGAGAUGCAUAAGUGGUCAUCCUAUCUGCAAAUGCUGAAUGGCUUGUUUAUUUUUAUUUUUUUAAAGCAGCCUUUUAAGUAUUCUUUUGCUCAUUUUGAGGUAUUUUGGGGACAUAAUUUUACCUUUCCCA